AACGCUGCAGCAUUUUCUUUCAUCCAAUCCAGGAAGCUCGGAGAUGGUGGCCGUCGAAUCGGCGCACAACCUUUUCUUGCUUUGGCGGAGACCAGACAGUUGUACCGGACCAGGAGAUCGCUCAGUAUUGGUGUUUCCUCAGUUCCUAGCUGUAAACUUACUAGUUUGUCGUAGAUGUCGCCAGGAUUAACACGUGGCCCAGCGGUUCAGUUCUGGUCGGUUCAGUGACACGUCCGCUCUCAUGUCGGGACCGACAGCGUCCGCUACGGCCGUCAUUUCGCAUGAUGUUCGUGGAGUGGGAGCAAAGUCCGUUACGGACAACGCAUCUCCAGCGACGUAUGCAAGUAAUGUCUUCCACCACAGCAAGCGACGCAGCUACAAAACAACGGGACAUGUUUCACCAGAUGAGGAGAGCGUUAAAUUCCGUCAGGUGAUAAGAAGUAUACUGCAUCCUGUCGGGUGUGUAAUCGCCGACCAUACCUUUGACAGGCAACAGCUCUUCAAUCAUGCGGUUAAGUGUCUCUGUGUUGAUGGCAAGAGAGCGAGCCAAGAGCUUAGUCGUGUUAAUCGGGAACCUCCGCCAACGUUUGUUCUGCAUGCACGCGUGCUGAAGGUCUUGACGGAUGGAGACCAAGUGCUGGACGGGAACGUCCGGGUACGUUUCCGUGUUGGUGACCAUGACACGGUGCACUCGGCGAAGACGGCGUUGUCGGGACGACUGGACUGCAUCAGCGAGAACGAGGAGCUGUACGAAAGCAGUGUACGCAAGACGCACCGCGUGUCGGUGGGCGAGCAAUGCGCACUGUCCAUUGGUGAUCCAUUGAAUGAUGAAAUUCGCAUCGACAUCACGCAUCAAGAUGGAACGGACGGAAUGGUGAACGGCCAUGGGCGUUGCUUCACACCAAUACACACUCUAAGCACUUUGGGAUCGACACUGUCUUAUGAAGUGCUGGAUGUUGAGAGCAAGCUACCUCUUUGGACAGCACUGAUACAGUUCCAAUUUGAAGCACGUGAACUGGUUAUCGAUAUCGGGCAUCACUUCAGCGACACUGACGACAACCAGUCCGUUUUCCUCGGCGUCUGUCAUCAAUUCGCGCUGAGCCAGCUAUCGGAUAUUGCCAAAUCCAAUCCGUCGCAAGCACCUGCUGCGUGUGCCGUACCGACCUUGCCGAGUACUAUGGGAAUCAGUGACUUGGAGCUAGGCUUUCUGUCCACCAUGGACGGUGGUGAUGGUUAUGAAGAGGAUGGCAAGCAGGGUGCGGCACGUGUACACGUUACGCGAGAUGUGUCAAUCUCCGCCGAUACGCAGAUCAUCCUGGAUGGACUGGCCAUGCAACAGCAGAUCACGGAGCUAGCUGCCAGAUCAUACCUAACAGAGGCGGUGUUUGCAUGCACCUUUCAGCAUGCAGUUGACUGGUUAGCGCUAACGUACAAUCUUCGUCAGCUUGAUCGACAAUUCUCACGCCUGCGUCAAGCAUACGGUGGUGGCAUACUGCCCGCCAGUGAGACAUGUGCAGUGCAGCAAUGCCUUCUCUCGAUCUACAACGUUCUGCUUCGCAAAGUCAGUGAACGACAUGUCCUGUUUCCUCCAGCUCGGCGAUCUGCCGAACUGGAUUCUGUCGUGAAACCGCUAAGUGUAAUUGAUAUCCUGUUUUCAACGUCCAUGUGGCAGUACUUGGUACUGAAAUCUGACGAUGCUCUCGGUAUCAAUGUGCAACUCCAUCAGCUUCUCCAGUCGUCAGCAAGGACGUGGUAUUCAUCGAAUGUUGUAGUGCGAGCACUUUCAGACGAUGGUGCUGAGGAGGUGAUUCCCGUCUGCCAGGCUUUCUUGGCUUGUCUCAAGGUCAUACAGGAUAGCUACGAGAGAAGUGUGCCAUCAUACGUCAUGGCAUUUGAAAAACUGGGUAUUGACUAUUGGAAGACAAGUUUGACGUCUCUAGAAGAGCUGGUCCAUGAUGACCUGCAGAUCCUUGCACAGACUAGUUGUGAAAUGCUGGUCCAGGUGAACAGCAGUGUCAAGAGAAAUGCCGCUCGAGUGGAGACUUGCUACGAGUUGUGUCGUGCUCUGUUCCAGCUGGUGGAGUCGGGAAUACGCUUGUCGCCCACCGACACAGAUGGAGUGGACGGUGUUGAUAGCAGAUCUCAGCGAGCCAUAGCGACGGCAUCGACAUCCCUGGUGCACGAUAAAACCCGUGUCCAUCGUCUGCACAUGGUUCUGGAGGUCCUCAUACCGCACUGGCUACAGACGGUGGAUGUCUACUGCAAGCAGUCCAUUACUGAAGCAAUAGACAGAGACAAGGUGAACAGUAUCAGCGAUACAGAACAUGGUAUCUCAUCAUGUGCUGCGGAGUUUGGUAGCAUGGUGGAGUUGCUUGCAAGUCAUUGGGAAUCUGCCAUUGACUGGCCAGAGCCAGUUGUCAGCUAUUUGAUCAUUACACGCUUGAUGGAUAUCAUUUGCGAGUGUUCUCGUCGUGUAGCCAGCCACUGUCACCGAUGUAUUCGCAACUGGCCGCCAUCUCGUCUUUUCUCUGGUCGUGUUGACUACAUGCAGCCCAUACUCGCCGCUAACAACGUGGCCUUUGUGGCAAUGCGCUUGCGCGCCGUUCCCAGAGAGCUGCGUCUUCUCGGAUUUCAAGAGGACUUCAGCGGCGUUCACUUCACUUCUCCGUCACCCCGUGCUCUCUCCCCACGGGCACACUCGCCCUGCCAUCCCCAGCGUCGUAGCUAUGGCGACAUACAGGCAGCAGCAGUCAUUACCAUGGUAACGGCGGCGACCCCGGCGGCUGACCAGCCGUCCGACCCACUGUCCAAGUCCAUGCCUUCACCGCGGCGUAGUCUCGAACUGCCCGACGUGGUUCCACCAGCAGUGAAGCAGUUUCGAAACGAAGGCAAAUCAAGUGACAGUGGCGGUGGCGGCAGCGUACAGCGCUCCAGAAGCUUCAAGGAACGAAAGUCACCGAUGUCCUCUCUUGGUGUUAGCUCGUCGCCAGUUGUUGUGCGUCGUACUGGCAGUCUGCGACGAUCACGGAAGAAAGGUGAUCGCAACAGUGGUGAUGCCGGCGCUAGAGGCGAGGAGAACGGCUCCGGCUUACGACGAAGCCAUCGACCGUUGAGUUGCUCCAGUCCUGACCUGCUUCUCUUCGUCAACGGAAGACCAGGUGACUCAGGCAGUGCUGCUAGUGACGAAACGGUGGGCACCCAGCGACAACGUGCCGCAACACGUCUUGUCAUCGACAAUUGCAUGCGUGAUCUCUCCACAGUGCUUAUGCAGAUAGGCCAGCAGGUUGUGACAAAGUUUGCCAUUGGUGUAGACAUACCACUGCUUCAAGUGCUCUCCGACUUACCCGAGGCGAAUUCCGACAUGGACAUUGGUGUUGUGAUAGCUCCGCUUCUUGAUUACAUCACCGGCACAGUGAAGUCUGUCAUGCUGGAGGGAAAGAUCACGAAACUGGCGCAGGAAGGACUGGUUCGAGGACUUUGGAACGUGAUCAACAUUCGACUAUACGCAUUGUUAUCCACGGAUAGCAGCAGCACUGAGAUUAAUCACAAGUUGCUUAGCAACAGUCUGGCCGCACUGACCAUGAAUGAGGGAGUGAUGAGUUUCUUCUGUCGAGAGCUGGGCUUUUCAAUCCGCCGCUCCAUGCUCCAUACAUCUGCAUUCUUGGCGUUGAAGCAUUUCAUUGAAGUGAAAACGACAUCCGAUGAUGGCCUCCUUCUACUAUUCUUCAGCAAUAUCGCCAAUGAGACUGUGCUGACAACAGGUGCGCGUGUGCAUGUCAACUUGGAGCUGUCAUUGUCUGAUCAACCCUGUGUACGCCUCACCGUAAAACGUGGCGAACAGUUUGACCGUCUGAAAUCCUCCAAUGUUGAACUGGAGAGCUAUGUGGAAUGCUCUCUUCUACCGAUGUCCUUGCGUGUGGGUGGACAGGAGCUUGAGACUUAUACCAGUGUUGCUGUGGCCGGCGAAACACCACACUUCAAUGCCAUGUUCAAUAUACCGUUUCGCAAAGGCAUGCUGAUGAAGCAGCGGCUACUCCAGGAGUCGGUGCUGGUGAUCUGCGUCAAGGUGUACAGCGGUGUGACGACAAUGUCCGGCUCCGAGGAGUUCUAUCACAACGCUGGCGUGGCCGUGUUCAAGAUCUCCACUGUGGCCCACGAAGGCGUGGGUGCCGCCAGCAGCAACUACUCGUGCAAACUGGCGCUGCCCGUGCUGCGAGUCACGCGCCAAGCUAGCGCCUACGAGUUUGUCACCGAGCUGGAGAAGAGGGCUCGUCUGUCGCAGGAAGGCGCCAACAUCUGGCGCACCUGGCUACCCGCCCUGAGGCCUAUUUGAAGAGAUUCUACCGUGCUGGCCAACGAAAUCCAACCUCAUGAAUAAAAUAGGCGUUGCCGGGCGCUACGCAGCCCUAUCACCACACACACUGGCCUGUGCACUCGAACGCUGGGUUACUUUGUUCAUGAGGUUGGAUUUCUCUGACCAGCACUUGUACGUGGCUGAACACCUCUGUGCACACUCUGCUACCUGACUUGUAUUAUCCCGCAUGGGGGACCAAGCAUACAGGAGGCUCGCACAAGUGAAGUGUGCAAGGUUCUCUGCGUGACGUAUCACUUUUCUAUGCACACUCACACACACACACACACACACACACACAUUCGUAGUAACCUUCAAUUCAGUCCAAAUCCACCGACAGCUAAAAUAUUGUACAAUUCUAUACGAGUGUUUCUAUAAUAGCAGCCCAUAGCUCACAGUCCGAAUCUGCAACCCGGAGAAGCAACAUGAUAAAGGAAUUCUCCGCUUGAGGUAUGUUUACUGCAAGCCAGGUAUCUAUUUGAUGUCAGAGAUAUUUUCUAGUUUCAAGGAUAGAUUUUCUCACCAAAUUCAUUUCUGCAUCCCACAGCAGCAGCACUAUUUCCAUGAGUAUCAGCCAUUGCCUGUCUAGAUCAUGUUUUAUUCUAUCAGUGAUCACGGUACACUUCAGCAGCCUGAUGAUCGAGCACUUGACGCUCGCCAUGAUGAUGUUACGUAUUAGCUUUUCACUGUUCUGUCGUGUACGGCCAUAGCGGCCAUGUAUUUCUGCAUAACCCUCGGAUAUAAUAAUUUUUAUGCUUGUAUACGUUAGCCCAGCUUUGCAGUACCACCUUUGACGCCAACAUAAUCGGAAUCACAACAUUUUGUACGCAGAAUUAUCACCUUUUCUUCUCUGACCGGCCACUGCAAUCAAUCAUACAUGUACAUCACACAGGAGAUGUUGUUAUCUCGUGGUUUGUUCUCGCACGUGCUCACACUUCGUAGGGGCAGUUACCAUGGUUACCUGCUUA